CUAGAGUGCAAGAUGGAAGAGAAAUUUUGACCAAAAAUAUCUUUGUGAUUUUACUUGAAGAUAUCUGUACGAUUCUUUGUCAGAAACAAGAAUAGAGAACAAAAAUGUCUUGAUAUUGUGAUAUUUAAUGUAUAUGUGGUACUUGAGGAGGAAGGACGCAAUACCCUGUGAGAUAUUGGCACUUGUUUUGGUGUUCUCAGUUCAAGAAAAUAUUGCAAAAUCAAAACAAACCCUUUGGACAAAGGAUAAAGUCCUGUAGAUCAUCAAAAUUCAAGUAAAAUAAUUUCAGUUACACUCUGCUGGUGUUCUUUUAUGAUUUGAAUAUGCAACAGCCAGGGACGGUGCAAUAUUUGAAGUAUCACUCCGGGGCAGUGCGGGGCGUCGCAUUCCAUCCCAAGGAUCGUUAUUUGUUCUGCUCUGGAUCCUAUGAUGGCAAAGUGAACCUGUACUCUGCGCAGAAGUGUGAGUUCCUCAUGAGCUAUGCAGUAACUACAGUUAGUCUUGCCCGGAAUGUGAAUGCAGUGAGAUUUACAAGUGAUGGCAGUAAGAUUCUGGCCACAACAACAGCUAGAAGGUUAGCUGUAAUAGAUUUACAACGAGGGGACCAAAUACUUUCUUAUGACAAUUGUGCAUUUAAUGGUCGUGACCGCACAGGAUUGGCAUGUGACCCCCUGGCCCCAAACAUUGCUGUCUGCUGCUGUGUCAAUGGCAGGGGUCUGACAGUGUUUGACCUGCGUAUGCCACUACCUCUCGACUUCAUGUAUGACAUACAUAGCAGUAUCAUUCGUGACAUCACCUUUGUGCAUGACAGCUGGCCUUGGGGUCAAGGUCAGAGGUCAAUCAUGUCUGUUAGUCAAGACGGAAAAUGCAGGGUUAUGAGCCUUGAUGGAAGAUGUUUAGACCAAUUAGACUUUGGACAGCCUUUGAACACUGUUGCAGUAACACCAGAGUCCUUUAACUCAGGCCUUGAUGAUGGCUUUAGUAGUCUGAUAGUAGCUGGAGGGGAGUCUGUCUCAGCUUAUAUACCAGACUCAGGCAUAUGUGAGACUCUACCACAUAACCACCAACUACCAAUAUGGAAACUCAGGUACACAUCGAAUGGCAGUAUAUUAUACACAGCAUGUGAUGAUGGUGCCAUUCGGAAAUACAGACGCUGGCCUGAUCACCACGCAUACAUUGAGGAUUUAUUUUCUCAUAAACAGGAUGUUGAAGAUAUGGACAUAUCACCUUAUGAUGAAUAUCUAGUUACUGCCUCAAAGGACCAAUCUGUUGGGAUUAUCAAGUUAGGUGCACCAAACCAUGGAUCUUCAGAAUGGGGGGAACUUACUUAGCACAUGUAUUGUGUAUAUAUGUCUAGUGAGAGAGCAUAUGAACUUGGGAAGCCAUUGCACAUUAUAGCAUGAAAAUAGUUCAUAUGGCAGGCGGGGCACCAUUUAUGCAGGUCAUAGAUGGAAAAUGAAAGAUACAGUACAGUGUCAGGACUGGAAGAUAUUUGGAUGUCAGGACUGAAAGAUAUUGGAAUGUCAGGA